AUGGCCGGAAAACGAAAAGCCCCCUCUUUCAAGGGUGUUGGCAAACUUCCUAAAAACGCAACUGACCUUCAAAAGCUUGUACACGACCGCAGAAAGACAGAACUAAAGGAAACUAAGCGUCGACUCCAAAGCUUGCUUGGACAAUCAUCUUUGUCCGACGGAACUUUUGCUCCUCGCAACAAAAAUACCGGAGACAAUGACUUAACACUGGAUGAUACUCACGAUGAUAACUUCGGCCCACCGACGCAAGAGGACUCAGGCGGCUGGAUGGACAUAGACGAGCCGAUCCAUGGCGACGACAUGGUAGUCAAAGAGGAAGAUCCCCUAGUCACGUUGCUCAACAGUUCGUAUGCUCAGGCUCGAAGGCUGGAACAAGAAAAACGCUGGAUACGACAGUACCAGCUGAACCUCCCAAUAUUUUUGGCCUGCCGAGAUCGUACCGCGAACUGGUGCAAUCCAAGUGAAGCUCUGCGUGAUGCUAAGCCUCCAUGUGAAUGCCGAGGGAAGGACCGUAGUAUACGAUUAGUGGACUUGCUUGAUGUUUCAUCCCGAACCCAGCGAGCCAUCAAUUUUUGUGCCUGUCAAAGUGACCAAGGUAGAUUAAUCCAAAUGGGUUAUAUGGGAGCUUCGCCUGUACACCCUAGGACAGCAUUCAGUUUGGGUUUGCUUCGCAUACAUCAUAUCCUCUGGAAGUACUGCUGUGUCCGGACUGAGCCGUUUGCCCUGGCUCUAGAUGAGUGGCUAGACGGGUUUUGCCCAGUGAUUACCUCCAAAAGAACCAAUCAGGCUCGGGAGUGGAGAAAACCCCUGAGUGCAGCAGCAGAUGCAUAUCGAAGGCUGAUAACGGCUGUUCGAAAACGGGAGCUUAUUCUACUGAAACUCAAUGAGUUAGACAAACUCGCGGCCAACUGUCCACGGUGCUUUGGACCACCUGCUCCUGAUGCCAAAACAGAAGCAUUCGAGCCCGACUUCAUAUGCUGCUGCGAUGGCAAUUUUCAGCAUAGAAGGCAUCUUGCUGCGAGUGUACCUAUCCCUGGACUCAAUCCCGAAACGCCGGAACUCUUCAUCAAACCAGAAAAGGUCGAAUCGAUGGCUGAACUCAUACAGAAGACUGGUCCUAAAUCAAAAAAAGACCAUGAAUAUGUGGUACAUCCCCAGGCCUGA